UGAUGAACGUACAUGCAGCGGAUCCAAUCAUGCGGUGUGGCACAAUCGACGGUCCGAUCCGCAGCUCGACCUCUCGAAUCACGAUGAUUCAUGAUCCUUGUGGGCCUGUGGAGUGGAGUUAGCCAUAGGGCAAUAAGGGAAGGCGGUGGAAGGUGGAUUUCUGUGGCAUUAGCUUACGUAGGUUCAACCAAUCCUCAGAAGACAUUCAUCGAAGGAUUACGUUAAACACCUUGAUCAUGGAGGUCUUCUGAUCACUUUUGCCUUCUCGGUUUGAUCUCUGAAAAUGGCCGGAGCAAUAGAGAGAUACCAGAAAUUGGGGCUUCGUGAAUUGUUAUCUCGAGUGUACGAUUAUCCUCAGGCAUGUCACGAACUCAGCUUCAUCUUGAGAGGAGCUUACAGUAAGGUCCCCAAAAAUCUACAGGCCAUUAUCUUUCAGGACACCGUCGUUGCCUUCCGCUUUCUUCCUCAAAUGCAAACACGUCGUGGUAUUUCAGCAGCUAAUCUCCUCCUCCAAGCUGCAGAGGUGGCCCUGCCCAAGCAGAAGAGAGUGAUGGCUGUUGCAGAGUUCAAGCAUGCGGUAGUGGCACAUAAGAGGCGUUGUAAAGCCCGGAAAGUUGAAGGAGGUUCAUCCAUGCUGCCUCAAGAUCUGGUUGUACAAAUCUUUAGUUUCCUAGAUAUGCGCUCAUUAGUUGCUGCAGGUUUGGUUUGCUGGUCAUGGAAUUUAGCAGCAAAUGAUAAUGAGCUGUGGCGGUCACAGUAUGUUCUCUACUUUGGAAAUUCUGAGAACUGUUCAGAACUUAAGGGGCAGCUUGGUGAACCAAGGCUGGAGAAGGUCAACAGAGUUCUACAACAGAAGGAAAAGGACAUGGUUUCAAUGUCCUUCCUUGACUGGAAGGAGGCUUUUAAGGGAGCAUAUAUAGGGAAUUCAUCUCGGAUAUCUACAUCUAAUAGGGGACACUGUUGGCAUUGCAAAUCAAUUGUUUGGCUCAGUAAUAUGAGGUGUGCUAAUGUACAAGAUGGGUUACAACCUGAAAAUCAUAAAAUCAAGCCAUUAUCGCUCCAACAGGUUGUUGAGUAUCUAGUGGAAGACUCUUCAUCAACUCUGUCUUAUUUAGACAGCGACUCCGAUUCAGAUGAAGAAUCAGCUUCCAGGCUGUGGGCGGUGCCGAAACACAUCACUGGAAACCAUAAGUAAUAAUUUCAUGUAAGUAUAUCCAUGGGUGCUUCUUUGGUUGUAUACAAUUGCAGACUUGGAGCACUGAAGAACCUGCCUUGGUAGAAACUGUUGCCCCUGUUGCCUCUGUUACAGUUGCUGGCAUCAUGAUCAUGUUGGCAAGAGAGGUUACUAUAACGAUUAUAGGACCAACUGUACAUAUCAUCAGUAAGAGAAUAUAUUGCCCAUGCUCUUGUAUUUCAAUUUGAAAUUAGUAUAGAAUCAAACUUAAUUUUAUUGAGUAA